GAGCGCCACGACCAGAGUGUCUUGGCAGGCACGGAACGGCGCGGCACGGCACGCUGGGAUUCUUUCCCUUCCCUCACUUGCCUCUCGCCAGCCACUCCUUAGAGGCCAGCCCCACAUCUACAACUUGAACAUUUGAGAGCGGGAUGCCGAGCGGCGCCAUGGAUUUGGAGCUGGAGAAGCGGCGUUACUGUAUCCGUGGCAAGCACGUGGUCAUUAUUUGUACCACGGUAGCCGUCUGCUCUUUGGCGCUGGGGCUCGGGGUGGGCCUCUCUCGCUCCGACACCACCGGCGCGCAGUCUACUCCGGCCCCUACGGCGGAGGCCACGUCGUCGUCGCCGCCGCCGCAACCCAGCGGGGGGCCCUGCCUGCCUUCCGCCGACAGCAGCGGCGAUUGGAAGAAUUUCCGUCUGCCCGACUUUGUCAAACCGCUCCAUUACGACCUGCUGCUGGAACCGGACCUGCUCCACGAUACUUACACGGGCACGGUGGAUAUCCGAGUGCAAGUGGACAGGCCCACCCGCCACCUGUGGCUCCACAUCAGAGAGACCUUUGUCAGAGAGCAGCCCAGGCUGAAGCUGCUGGAUGGCCAGGGAGGACACGAGGAUGUGCCCGUGAAGCGUUGCUUCCAAUAUAAGCCGCAGGAGUACGUGGUGGUGGAGGCCAGCCGGGAGCUGCCCGUCACCGGCCCGGGGGAAGUCUACGUGCUCACUUUGGAUUUCCAAGGCUGGCUCAACGGCUCUCUGGUGGGAUUUUACAGAGUCCUGUACACAGAUGAGGCAGGAGUCAGCAGAAAGAUUGCCGCCACCGAUCACGAGCCAACGGACGCCCGCAAAUCGUUUCCCUGCUUUGACGAACCCAACAAAAAGGCCACCUAUAAAAUCUCCAUCAUUCACGACGCAACGUACGGCGCUCUGUCCAACAUGCCGCUGGAGAGCGCCCCUGAACCUCUGCCGGGCAAUAGAAUGAGGAGCUCGUUCCAGAAGUCCGUUCCAAUGAGCACCUAUUUAGUAUGUUUUGCCGUGCACCAAUUCGCUCAUGUGGAAAGAAAAUCUGCCCGAGGAAUUCCAUUGAGAAUCUACACGCAGCCCAGUCAAGUGUCCACUGCAAGGUACGCAGCGGACACCACCAAAAUCAUUUUUGAUUACUUUGAGGACUACUUCAAUAUGACCUACUCCCUCCCCAAAUUGGACAAGAUAGCCAUCCCUGACUUUGGCACCGGGGCAAUGGAGAACUGGGGCCUCAUCACCUACAGGGAGACCAACUUGCUGUACGAUGCCAACCAAUCGUCCUCCUACAAUAAGCAGAGAGUUGCCAGCGUGAUUGCCCACGAGCUGGUUCAUCAGUGGUUUGGAAAUAUUGUGACGAUGGAUUGGUGGGAUGAUCUGUGGCUCAACGAAGGCUUUGCCAGUUUUUUCGAGUACAUCGGCGUGGAGGAAGCAGAGCCUAGCUGGGGCAUGCGGGACAUUAUGAUCAUCAGCGACGUGCUUCCCGUCAUGGUGAACGACGCCCUCCUGUCCUCCCACCCGAUUAUUGUCGAGGUGGCGUCCCCCGCGGAAAUCACCUCUGUCUUUGACGCCAUCUCAUACAGCAAGGGAGCAUCGAUUCUCCGCAUGCUGGAGGACUGGAUGGGGAAAGAGAAGUUCAGGGCUGGCUGUCAGAAAUAUUUAAAAGAUUACUACUUCAAGAAUGCAAAAACCAGCAACUUUUGGGCAUCUUUGGCAGAUGUGAGCGGCUUGCCGGUCGGAGAGGUCAUGGACACGUGGACCAAGCAGAUGGGUUAUCCGGUGCUGGACCUGACACAGGUGGCAGAGGUGGCCAAAUUGAGCCAAAAACGUUUCCUCCUGGACCCUAACGCCGACGCUAGCCAACCGCCUUCGCCCCUCGGAUACAAAUGGACGAUACCCAUCAAGUGGCACUCUGUGAAGAGCAAUAAGAACGUGACGGCCAUGUUCUACAGGAGUAGCGCAGAACUCGUUCUAAAGGACUACUCGCCUUCAGUCGACGGCCUGUUGAAGAUCAACAACCAUCAUAUGGGAUUCUACCGAGUCAACCACGAAGAUCGGAUGUGGAACGAGAUUAGCCGUCAACUCCAAACCAACCACUUGGAGUUUGACGCAGCUGAUCGCACAAGCUACAUUGACGAUGUGUUUGCGCUAGCAAGGGCAGACUUGAUGGAUUAUGGCCACGCCUUCAAUCUCACCAUGUAUCUCCCAAAUGAGAGGGACUACAUCGUAUGGCAACGGGUGGCCGCCUCCAUUGCCUACGUUCGGGACAUGCUGGCAGACAAUCCUGCUCUCUAUCCAAAGUUUCAGAAACUGUUCCGUCAUCAUGUCAAAAACAUCUCAUCUCGUCUUGGAUGGAAAGAUGAGGGAACACAGGCAGAGAGGUUACUGCGGGAGACUGUGCUCGGCAUUGCUUGUCAAAUGGGAGAUCAGGAGACGCUCAACAACGCAUCCGACAUUUUUGACCGAUGGAUCGAUGGAAGUCUCAGCAACGUCGCCGUGAACCUGAGGUUGCUCGUCUAUCGUUACGGCAUGAAGAAUUCUGGCAACGAAGCAAAGUGGAACAUCAUGUUUGAGCGCUAUCAAAACACCUCCUUGGCUCAGGAGAAGGACAAGUUGCUGUAUGGGCUGGCGUCGGUUCAGGACAUAACGCUUCUUUGGAGGCUCCUGGAAGCCUCCAAAGACCAGAAUGUGGUGAGGAGCCAGGAUCUGUUUACUCUGGUGACAUACGUGUCCUACAACCCAGUGGGUCAGAGCAUGGCCUGGGACUGGGCCACCCUCAACUGGCAAUACCUUGUUAACAGAUACACCAUCAACGAUAGGAACCUCGGCCGCCUUUUGAAUCGCAUCUCCGCCGAUUACAACACAGAGCUACAACUGUGGAAGAUGGAGCAUUUCUUCCGUCUGAAUCCCAACGCUGGUGCUGGGGAGAUGCCGAGGCAGCAGGCGCUGGAAACGGUCAAAAACAACAUCCGGUGGAUCCAGACCAAUGAGGAGGAGAUUACAGCGUGGCUCUAUAGCAAUGUUGACUAACUCAGUGACACAUUUCAGAGAAGUCAACAUCUUUUGAAAAUUCAAUGAAAAAAUCCAGAUGAUUUCAGACCAUCAUUUAUGCAGCAUGAUUUUGAAUUCACAGGUUCUUUGUCUGUAUUUAUGUCCAGAGAGUGAUGAAAAUGACAAAUGACAUGGGUCCAUGUUUCUCUGGAGUGCAAGUGCCAUCCAAAAUAAUCAUGACAUUGUCACACUUG